AUGUCCCAAGCUGACGUCUCUUACAGCUGUGGCUCUUGUGGAUACCCCUUGAAUUUAACAUCUUCCCAUCAAAUCACCUGCAACAUAGGUUCUGGAUAUCCGAAAUCUAUAAAGAAAGGUUAUAUCUCGUUCCUUUCUGUUGAUCUUAGUCGAUUCACACAGGUUGAUGAGAAGAGUGCUAAGAAAGUUGUUAUGGAAGAACCUUUGAGUGAUAUUCAUACCUCCAUCAUGCACCUGCCCAAUGAUUGUCUGUCUAUUGUUUUUCAGUUCCUUGGCUGUAGUUCUGAUCGUGACUCAUUUGGUUUGACUUGUCGUCUCUGGCUUAAUAUUCAAAAUACACAUCGUCGGUCCUUACAAUUUCAUUGUUCAUUGGCCCUCCCCAAUGCUUCUUUAUCCCAAAGGGGGCUCAUUACUAGCUCCUUCCAUGUUCAUAGGCUGCUCACCCGUUUUCAGCAUUUACAGUAUCUGUCCCUAUCUGGUUGCUCUGAGCUGUCUGAUUUAUGCUUAACCUACUUGCAAUCCUAUGCUUCAAAGUUGUAUUCUCUUAGUCUGGACUGUUGUUUUGGAAUGACUGACAAUGGACUUUCACUGGUUGCUGCUGGCUGCUCCUCCCUAGAGGUUAUUAGUCUUUAUCGUUGCAAUUUUACCGAUGCUGGGUUAGAAACUUUAGCUAAUGGUUGCUCAGCCUUGAGGCACAUAAACCUCUCAUACUGCCCACUUGUUUCUGACCGUGGGCUGAGAGCUCUUUCUCAAUCUUGCCAUCAGCUGGAGGCAGUUCAGGUAUCUCAUUGCAGUGAAGUAAAUGGUACUGGGUUUCAAGGGUGUUCGCCAACUUUAACUCAUAUAGAUGCUGAUUCUUGUAAGCUUGAGCCAGAAGGCAUUAUGGCAAUUGUAAGUGGAGGUGGUCUUGAGUAUUUGAAUGUUUCUCGUAUGAACUGGUGGAUUAGUGGAGUCACCACAUUGGCAGCUAUAGGUGCAGGUUUUGCCACAAGGCUUAGAAUUCUUAACCUUUGGCUCUGCAGGACUGUUGAUGACGAGUCCAUUGCAGCAAUAGCAGAGGGGUGCCCUUCACUUCAAGAAUGGAAUUUGGCAUUGUGUCAUGGGGUCAGGAUUGCGGGAUGGCAAUCUAUUGGGAUCAAUUGCAAUAAAUUGGAGAAACUUCAUGUCAAUCGUUGUCGAGGUCUGUGUGAUCUUGGGUUGCAAGCUUUGAGAGAGGGGUGCAAAAGGCUCAUGGUUUUGUACAUUGGAAGCACUUGGAAAUUAUCCACUACUGCAAUAGAGUUGUUUAAAUUGCAUAGAGGUAAUGUUGAGAUCAGUAGAGAAGAGAUAACAUUUAUAGGGCCUGGUGAGGCUAUUAGACGAUGA